AGAUUCGAGCCCUUCUGUUCAUGCUGCUUCAGCCCGCUGCCGAGUGUCCUGGAAGUGGACGGUUUACCCACAAUGUCAGUCCCGAUGUUUUAGGUCAUUCCUGCGUUGCAAUGUCGUUACCUCCUGCAGGCUUCUUGAGCGGGAUCAACUUCCGGUAAACCUUUACAGAUGGAGGCCAUGGAGGUGGACCGUCCUGCAGAGACGGCUGGUGCCGGGCAGCCGGAGGCGGCUGCUGCUGCUGCCGAGCAGGCAGGCGGGGCGAACGCUCCUCCGGUGGUCCUGGACUCGGGAAGCAGCACUGAGGUAGAUGAAGACGAUGAUGACGGUGAGGACGCUGCAGCUCCCAGGCUUCCUGCCACCUGGGCGUUCAGCCAGAGGGCGGUGCACGGUGCUGCGGGGGCUCCAGUCCGGGGAACGCCCAUACGGAGAAGACGCCGACAGGGACUGAGGGUGCACUAUCCCAGUCAGACUGCAGCGCCCUCCAGAGGAUUCCCAGAAUUCCUCCUGCGGGCGCCGGCAGCCAGCGUGGCCGAGCCCGAGUCGGGCAGCACCACGGAGGUCAGUGAGGACGAGGAGGACGAGGCGGAGAGGAACCGGGAGGGGACGUCUGCUGCUGAGGAGCCCGUCGCUCCUGCUGGUCCCAACCCCGCCGGCGCUGUGCAGCAGGGCCCCCCACAGGACCCCAGCACCUCCAACUCCGGUUCCUUGGCACACAGCGGGAGGACAGCCGAUCUGACUGUGAACAGUCCUCCUCCUCCUCCUCCUCCUCCUCCCGGCGAGGAGAGUGAAAGCGACGCCUGCAGCAUCUGCUUCGAGGCGUUCACGGCGGCGGGCGAGCACCGGGUGGCCACCCUGCGCUGCGGACACCUCUUCGGCUUCACCUGCAUCCAGCGCUGGCUGAAGGCCCAGGGCCCCGCCGGCAAGUGCCCCCAGUGCAACAAGAAGGCGAAGCGCGCCGACAUCGUGCUGCUGUACGCCUCCAGGGUCCGGGCGCUGGACAACUCGGAGCAGGAGAGCCUGAAGAGGUGUCUGGAGGAGGAGCAGUCGCUGAGGAGGAAGGCUGAGCUGGAGGCUGCUCAGUUUAAGCUGAAGCUGCAGGUGGUCACCAACCAGUACGGCCAGGUGCAGCAGGAGCUGCAGGAGCUCAGGUCCCUGAUGGCCAAGGCCGGCAGGAGCCGCUCCUCCUCCUCGCCCUCGUCCUCGUCGUCCUCUGUCCUGGCGGCGUCCCAGGCGGGCCCGAAGACGUCCCAGUACAACUUCUCCAACGCGGUGGUGGUGUCCCAGACGGGCGGCUGCAGGGUGCUGUCCUACUGCGAGCCGCUCAGCUGCCUGCUGGCGUCGCAGCCGUCGCCCCACUCCACGCUGGUCCCUGGUUUCGGGGUGAAGAAGGUGAGCGUUGUGAACAUGAAGUCCUGCCAGUACGUCCCCAUCCACAGCAAGCAGAUCCGGGGCCUGGCCUUCAACCGGCAGAACGACAGCCUGCUGCUGUCCGCCGCCCUGGACAACACCGUCAAGCUGACCAGCCUGCUGACCAACACGGUGGUGCAGACCUACAACACGGGGAAGCCGGUGUGGAGCUGCUGCUGGUGUCUGGACAACAGCAACUACAUCUACGCCGGGCUGAGCCACGGCUCCGUGCUGGUCUACGACACCCGCGACACCAGCACGCACGUGCAGGAGCUGCAGCCGCUGCGCUCCAGGUGUCCGGUGGCGUCCCUCUGCUACAUCCCGCGGGCGGCGUCCGGCUCCUUCCCCUGCGGCGGGCUGAUCGCCGGCUCGCUGGAGGGCGGCUGCUUCUGGGAGCAGGUGAACGAGGCGGCGUACCGACCGCACCUCCUGCCGCUGGAGGCGGCCGGCUGCACCGACAUCCAGGUGGAGCCGGAGAGCCGCCACUGCCUGGUCACGUACCGGCCCGGCCGCUCCAACCCAGCGGUGCACUGCGUGCUGAUGGCGCUGAACCGCAGCCCUCAGCUGGAGUCCCAGCAGCACCCCAGCUGCUCCUGCACGCCCGUGCAGACCUUCAGCGCCGGCGCCUCCUGCAAGCUGCUCACUAAGAACGCCGUCUUCAGGAGUCCGGACGGGCAGCGCACGCUGGUCUGCGCCGGGGACGAGGCGUCCAACUCCACCAUGGUGUGGGACGCCGGCAGCGGCUCCCUGCUGCAGAAGCUCCCGGCCGACCUGCCGGUGCUGGACAUCAGCCCCCUGUCGGUGAACGGCGAGCACUUCCUGGCGGCGCUCACGGAGAAGAUGCUGAAGGUGUACAGGUGGGAGUGACGGCGGCCGCCGCUCCACCCGGGACCAAUCUGACGCUGCUACGUUUUCACCUGGAUGUUUACACGGCGGGCGGGUUACUGGGAGCCGGCGGCGCCCACAGCCUUCCGCCCGCCUGGACUCCCCUCAGAACCCGAGGUUCCAGCAGGAAGUCUGAGCGGCGCCCCGUCGGGUCCAUCCUGUCCUCCGUCUGGAGGCUCCUCCGCCCGGUGCUCUCUCUGAUUCCUCCUUUCCUCUCUCCUGAUUGGUUGUCACCUGUUUUUACCCUCGUGUGCAGCAUUGUGUCUGUAGUUUGACACCAGCCUCUUGUACGCCUCCAGAUGAGCACAUCAGGCAGUACGUCUCCAGCCUACGAUUGAUAAAUCACAUCAAGGUAGAUAUUCCAGUGAAAUGGAGCGUGUGACGCUGGGUGCAGAAUCCAGGCGAUACGAACCAAUCAGAAGCCGAGCAGAGUCACCGUGCCUCACAGAGGAAGAUCAUCGUCUGAACGUUUAUUUUUUUUGGCUGUUUUUAACCUGCUCCCUCCUCGAUCCCUGGAGCGUCAGAUCCACACCGAGGAGCGUCUUCUUCCUGUCCGCCGCCGCCGCUCGGGCUUCCUGCUGCCCUCCUCUGAGGUGGAACACCAAGUGCCAAAGGAACCCACUGUUCGACAUUUCACUUUUCUUAGUGGCCUUUUCCGACAGAUUUGUGUAAAUAUGUAUAUUUGGUACCGAGCGUUUUGUGUACGACCUGAAAGUAAAUAAAGUGCGCGUUAUUUUUAUUCAAAAUC